AUGGCUCCCUCUGUGACCUCCGACCAAGUGGCUGUUCCCCUGGCGGGAAAUGCUCCCCAGACCCAGGUCACUCUCGGUGGAAAGGUGAUCGCUAUUACUGGUGCCAACCGCGGUAUCGGCCUUGGUAUUGCCGAGUGCUGUCUUUCCAACGGUGCAGCCAAAGUCUAUUCUAUUGACAUUGGAGAGACUGGUGACGAUUUCAAUGCUGUCUCCAAGCGCAACCCCGGCCAACUCUUCGCUGUCACCGCUAACGUGACCGACGAAUCGACUAUCACGACUGCGAUCGAUAAAAUCAUCGAAGAAGCUGGUGCUCUCCAUGGAAUGGUGGUCAACGCUGGACGUACACACCACAAGGCCGCUCUCGACUUCACCAAGGAGGAUAUUGAAACUCUGUUUAACGUCAACCUCUUCGGUGCCUUCUACACCGCACGCGCUGCUGCUCGUGCAUUUAUCAAGCUCGGAAUCAAGGGAUCUAUUGUCUUCACAGCAUCAAUGGCCUCCUAUCGUCCCAAUAAGCGCGUUCCUUCUACCCCGUACGGUGCCUCGAAGGCAGGCGUAAGGAACAUGACCCAUACCCUGGCCAUGGAGUGGGCGCAAUACGGCAUUCGUGUCAACAGUGUAUCUCCCGGUCUAGUGAAGACAGCCAUGACAUACUGGGUGCCUCAGCAACCAGAUUGGGAACAGCAGCUCAAGUAUUAUGGUGGAUUUCCUCGACUGGCCGAGGUACAGGAGCUCGGUGGCGCCUACGUAUAUCUUUUAAGCGAGGCCGCUAGCUACACCACCUCCAUUGAUAUUCCAGUCAAUGGUGUUAUAGGAAUUUGUUAA